AUGUCGCACUUCUCGGGCGAGGGCAGCCAUCUCCAGAGAACGGAGGUCAUGCGCGAUCAAUCGGGUUCGUCCAAUUGGUCAGCACCCAGAGAUGGAAAGGUGAUGGGGGAGACAGGGCUGCAGGGUGCAUGCCUGGUAGGCGUCGAUUUUCUUGCUGGCGGUGGCGUCGCAUCCCUGUACAGCGUGGAUGCUAUUUGGGUGAGUUUCGGAGAUACGCCGAGAGGAGAGGAGGAGGAAGGUCCAACUCAGGGUGCCAUGGGAGCAGACAUUUCGCAGAGCCUGGGAUGCAGCACAACUAGCCCAGGCCCAACCAAACUCGGCAGCACAGACAACAAGCAGAAAACUUGGGGCCGGACUUGACCAAGUUCGAAUUGAACCAUUCCAACAAGGGCGCUCUUCUUUUUUUUUUUUUUUUUUUUUUUUUUUUUUUUCGGACGACAGCUAU